AUGGCUAUUUUAAGGCCAACGUUAUACUUGUUCAGUCGAAGAAGAAUGGCCGCUUCCCGUUUCUUAUCAGCUCUUUCGUCCUCUUCCCUAUACUCUCAACAGAGCGCUACUCUGUUCACUGGUGUUUCCCGUUCUUCUCCUUCAGUCCCAGUUCUCCCAAGGAGGAGGAACAAAUUUUCUCUUUCAAACCGAAAUUUGUUUCAAAAUGCUGUAUGUCUUAGAGCUUUCAUGUCCACCGAGGCAAUUCAGGAGACUAAAAAGAAGGGGGCCUACAGUUCUGAACAGAUUCAGGUAUUGGAAGGUCUAGAGGCUGUAAGGGUAAGACCAGGAAUGUAUAUUGGCGAUACCGGGGAUCGUGGCCUUCAUCACUUGGUGUAUGAGAUCUUGGAUAAUGCCAUUGACGAGGCACAGGCAGGCUAUGCAUCGAAGGUGAAUGUUACCCUGUUUGCUGAUAAUUCAGUUAGCAUCAGAGAUAAUGGUCGCGGGAUCCCAACUGAUUUUCAUCCUGCCACAAAAAAGUCUUCCUUGGAGACAGUCUUGACGGUUUUGCAUGCCGGUGGCAAGUUUGGUGGUUCCAGUAGUGGAUAUAGUGUCUCAGGAGGUUUGCAUGGUGUGGGCUUGUCUGUUGUUAAUGCCUUGUCAGAGGCUCUUGAAGUGACUGUUUGGCGUGAUGGGAAAGAGUUCAAGCAGAAAUAUUCACGUGGGAAGCCUCUGACGUCCUUAGUUCACCAUGAGCUUCCGGCUGAAUUAAGAGGUCAAACCGGAACUGAGAUUCGGUUUUGGCCAGACAAAGAAGUGCUCAAAACUGCAACCCACUUUGACUAUAACACAAUUGCUGGACGAGUGAGGGAGCUUGCUUUUCUGAAUCCCGAGCUGACAAUCACCCUGAAAAAAGAGGAUUCGGUUGAAGAAAAGAUUCAGUACAAUGAAUACCACUAUGCUGGAGGAUUGGUUGAGUAUGUGAAAUGGUUAAAUGCUGAUAAGAAACCUCUCCAUGAUGUGGUUGGCUUCAGGAAAGAAGCAGAUGGAAUCUUAGUUGAUGCUGCCCUCCAGUGGUGCUCAGAUGGGUAUUCAGACACAAUUCUUGGAUAUGCAAACUGCAUUCGUACGAUUGACGGUGGCACUCAUAUAGAGGGGAUGAAAGCUUCAUUAACUAGAACCUUAAACAACCUGGGCAAGAAAUCAAAGGCCAUGAAGGAUAAGGAUAUUAAUUUGGGUGGUGAGCAUGUAAGGGAAGGAUUAACUUGUGUAAUAUCAGUCAAAGUUUCAAACCCAGAGUUUGAAGGGCAAACUAAGACAAGGUUGGGAAACUCCGAGGUGAGGAGAGCAGUUGAUCAGGCUGUUCAAGAAUAUCUUACUGAAUAUUUGGAGUUGCAUCCAGAUGUUCUUGAAUCAAUCCUUGGGAAGGCUCUUAAUGCUCUCCAGGCAGCACUAGCCGCAAAGAGGGCCAGGGAAUUGGAAAGGAAAAAAUCUGUUCUAAGACAUUCUUCUCUUCCUGGAAAGCUCGCUGACUGUUCUUCCUCUAAUCCUGAAGAGAUCGAGAUUUUUAUCGUUGAGGGCGAUUCAGCUGGUGGAAGUGCAAAACAAGGUCGUGAUCGGCGUUUUCAGGCUAUUCUCCCUUUAAGAGGUAAAAUUCUGAACAUUGAAAGAAAAGAUGAGGCAUCAAUGUACAAAAAUGAAGAGAUUCAGAAUCUUAUUCGUGGUUUGGGACUUGGAAUGAAGGGGGAGGACUUCAAGAAGGAGGCUCUCCGAUAUCACAAAAUUAUAAUUCUUACUGAUGCUGAUGUGGAUGGUGCUCAUAUUCGAACGCUUCUGCUUACUUUUUUCUUCAGAUAUCAGAAAGCUUUAUUUGACGAGGGCUGCAUAUAUGUCGGGGUUCCUCCUCUUUACAAGGUUGAGCGAGGCAAGCAAUCAUUCUAUUGCUAUGAUGAUUCAGAGUUAAAGAAGCUUCAGAGUUCCUUCCCUGCAAAUGCAUCAUACAACAUUCAGAGAUUUAAAGGCUUGGGAGAGAUGAUGCCCUUGCAGCUAUGGGAAACAACUUUAAAUCCUGAAAAAAGGUUGCUAAAACAGUUAAAAGUCGAGGAUGCAGCUGAAGCUAACGUUGUUUUUUCAUCCCUUAUGGGCACGAGGGUGGAUGUCAGAAAAGAACUCAUACAAAAUUCGGUCAGCAUGGUCAAGUUGGACCAUCUGGACAUAUGA